UCGCCGCCGACGCCGUCCCUCUCGGCCACCGGCCGAAGGCGCACGCGGCACGCCUCCGCCCUCCGCUUCCAGCCCGAACAAGAAGCAGGGCGCACGCGACGGCGCACCCUCAUCCGCGGAAUCCCGUCCUCUUCCCCAAUCGACACCGCUGGGUGGGGCGCAGAUCCCUCGUCCGCGCCGGGACCGAUCCCCCCUCUUCCUCUGUUACCACAGAAAAUGGUGAUCCUCUGUGCCGGGCAUGUUGCUCCAUCAGUUUAUUCUAAUUUUCUGCCUGGAUGGCUACUGCUGAAUAACAGCCCGAGAAUGUAUUGCAAUACCUUUCUGGAUGAAAUGAAACUCAAAAGGCGAAACAGAAGUCAGUGGGUAACUACUUUCUCCAAAGGAUCUUCACUACAAGAUACUGUGCCCUCUGUAAAGCCUUCACGCCUUCUUCCAACAGAGGAACUAAAGACAUAUCCCAAUACUGUUCCUGAGGACAUAUUUAGCACAAUCAGAUUGGAUGACUCUGAUGCAUUCUAUGUGCUAGAGCUUAGGACUAGUAGAGAAUUUAGUUCCUCUUUGCUGGAUAGAAAUUCUGCAAUUUUAAUCUGCUUAAUUGAUGUUGAUGGUGACUCCUUGUUACAAAGAGUACCUGCAAUUUAUUUGGGUCAACCUACGCCAGGAAUAAAGGCAGAGCAAUCGAUGCCCUUCCAAAGUGGUUCAGUUGAUGCUGUGACUUUCAAGGGGUCUAAAUUGCAAAGGAUUAAAGAAGUCUGGAUCGGUCUAGAAUCAGGUUCAUGGAGAUUAGAUGGUUUGAGCUUGAAAAUAAUACAUGGACCGGUUGAUCCACCUAAAGAUAUUAGUGGAACGUGUGAACUCAAGUUUAACGGUUUGCAAUACACUUUCGAGAAAAUCAAUGUGCCUCUUGGAGAGGAUGGAGCUUCAGUAGCUGAAGCCAGGCCUGUGGCUGUCAUGGACCUGUCAGGAGUUAGCAUUUCUGAUCUUCAAGAAGGGCAGUUAUUGUCAGAGAGCACUGCUUCAGUUGUUAAGGAGUUGAAAGAGGAUGGUUUGAGACAAUAUGCUGAUCUCAAGCAAUCUUUGCUGCUCUAUGAUGCAGCUAUAGUGCUAACAGGUUUCUCCAUCUUCACCUUGGCUUCCAACGACAAUGCUGCCUACUCUUUCCUGGUUGGUGGAAUUGGAGGAUUCCUCUAUCUGCUGCUACUGCAAAGAUCUGUCGAUGGGUUGCCUGUAAUUAGUUCGCCCACAGAAGCGGGGAGCGCACAGCCAUCUGUAAGUGGUUUCAGUGGCGUAAGAAGGCCAUGGUUGAUAUUGUCAUUAGUAAUGGUUGCGGGAGCUGUUGCAUUGAAAUAUGGUGUUGGCGGUGACAGCUUUGAGCUGACACCAACCGAGCUCUUUGUCGGCACUGCGGGGUUCCUGGCAAACAAGGUCGCAGUUCUUCUGGCAGCAUUCAAACCCAUGCAAAGUGAUUUGAAGGGGGGAGAUGGAUCUGGUGACAGGACUUAAAUGCUACGGAAAUCAAUGAAGUUAUUUAGGUACAGUGCAAUAGUGCUACGUCAAUCUUCUGGAUAGUCACAGGAAAGAGGUCACAAGAUUUCCGAUUCAUAAACAUGAGUGGUUCCAAUGGUAGUGUUACUCUGAAACAGACACAUGAAUGGUUCAGAUGAUGUACAGAAACACGACCAGAAUCAGAAAUCAGCUGUCAAAAACACAGAUGAAAAUCUACAUUCUGAUGAUAUGGUAUAGUUGCUAGCUCAAAAUACAAUCCAAAAUACAUGAUGAUUGUACCCGAACCAUAUACCCAAUACUGUAUAUAAAUCUGAUACCAUUGAAAUCAAUUUAACAGCAUGUGAUUUGUAACAAUAUGACUGGGAGUUCACCCCCAUUCUAGUUUGACCUGUGUGUUUCC